UCCGCUCUUGUGCCCCCAGGUGUUGGAGAAGAUAGUGAGGACAUUGGCCCAAGUUUACCAUGGACAGUUCGAUUCUACCGAGGACCUUAACAGGGUUGCUGCCAGAUUUGAAAACAAGGUAUUCCAUGAGGCUAACAGUAAGGGAGAUUAUCUUAGGAGAGUAUCUUACAGGUUGGUCACUCUGGAGCUAAAACAAAAGCAAAAACUUUUGCAGCGUGCUCCUUCAAUCCAUCAUCACCAGGUACAAAUGGGAAGCCAUAUGCGUCCGGUUAAUUCAGUUCAUGCAAUCAAUGGAGGCAAUUCAUCAAUUACUGCACAAGUGCCAUCGAUUUCUACUCACGGAAGGCAAUCUUCUCAGCUGCAAAGCCUUCCUAUGACAUCUUUAGUUUCGGGCCUAGUGCCAAACCAGAACAUGGCUUAUCCUUUAGCACCAAACACGCAUGCCAAUGUUAAGCAAGAACAUAUAGAGGUUACAAGAAAGCCGGGUCAGACUCUUAACUCGCGACAAGCAUCAACAACUCCAUCGGCACCAAGUGUCCAACUCAGUCAGCAGAUGGUACAACCAGUAGCAUCUGAAAAGUUGAAGCAACUGGCCUUGCAAAUGCAGCCCUCAGACUUUUCAGGAUGCAACUCAAUAAGCAUUACACAACCACAAGGACAGCCACUUGUUCAACCAAAUGUGCAGCAGAAUCCCUUCGGGAAAAAUGGUAUGCUGCCGAAGGAACUCAUGAUGGUGAAUCAAAAAGGUUUGGGGUUCAACCAACAACGGACGGACAGGGAAAAGUACCAAAUGCGGGUGGCGCAACAGGCCAACAUCACUAAGGUGCACAAUGGCCAUCCUGGAGCACGGAAUAGUCAACCUGGGGCAACAGUUGGAUUACGGUCAGCGUCGAGGAUGCGUGAACAAGGGGCACUCAAUGAACAUAUUGAAAUGGAACCUCAGCCUAUGGCCCUACCUCAACAGCUGAUCACCGCCAGUCAGCAAAACAUCUUGUUCUCAACUAUGGGAAGUGCUGGAGAAGUUGAUUGGAGAGAGGAAAUUUUUCAGAAGAUCAAGCCACUAAAGGAUGCUUACCUUUCAGAGCUCAUGGAAUUGGAUAAAGUCAUUUUUGUUCCAAAACUUUCACAGAAGCAGUUUGAGUUAUUACCCAAUGACAGAGCUGAACAAUACAGAUAUAGAGUACACUUGAAGCAGAAAACAAAACUGAUCCUGAAAUUCUUACUGGUAGAAAAAAGCAGCAUCCCUGACAACUAUAGGGGGCAGCUCUCCACGUUUCUGAAGUCCAUACAGGAUUUGCUAGGUUUCUACAGGAGAAGUAAAAAUCUAACGAUGGAUGCAAGAAAUAAGUACCAGAUUUCUAAUGGGCAGCCUAAAAUAAUCAAUCUUAUUGGUGAUCAGGCUCCAUCCAGUGGCGGUACAAGCCAUCGAAAUCAGCAAGAGAAACUUGUAAAUUCCCAGUUGACGAAGGAUAUUAUCAUUACAACACCAGCAGCUUAUCAUGAAAUCAAUAGCAACAGCUUGUUAGGAGUGGGAAGCUCUUGUUUCCCAGAAAAGACACGAGGAUCAUUGCAGCCUUUGGCAAUCGAUAAGCUUCAGGAGUGUUGCACACAGACACUUUCACAUGUUAUCAAGUCAGGCAUUGUAAAAGUCUCUUCACCCUCUGCUUCUCUGGUGUGCACAUCCCCAUCACCCAUUACUACGCCGAGUGCUGCAAAAGCUAAAGCCUCAUCCUCUGUUUGUGUGAAGUCCACAUUGUCAUCACCAGUUGCCAAGCCAGGUGUUGUAAAAGUUGCCUCGUCAUGUGCUUCAGUAAACUCUAUGUUGCCAUCAUCUUUUGCCGAAUCUGCUUCUAUACAAGCUGUUUCUCCGUGUGCUUCUGCAAAAUCAACAUUUCCAUCAUCACCCUUUGCCAUGUCUGGUGUUAUAGAAGCCACUUCAUCCGUUACCAAUUCAGGGUCUGAUCCAGUUUCUUUGCCAUGUCCUUCAGUGCACCCUACAUCAUCUGACAACUUUGAGAGGUUUUACGCCUUACUACUACAAGACAUCUCGGCCACUACUAGUGCACAGACAGUGGUAGGAGGAAUAGCAACAAAUGCAGAAAAUUGUAUUAAACAGGUCACUACCACUAAACCAAUCAUGCCAGCCUCACCACUUCUGGCAGAGACAGUAGAUCAUCAAGCAGAGGAUAACGAGCACCCUGGAAAUGAAAUACCAGUGGCUAAGAAGCCCAUCGAUCGCCUACUUCAUGCGGUGCGGACUUCAUCACCGGCAAUGCUUUGCAGCGCAGCUAAUUCUGUCUGCUCAGUCUUCAAAAUGAACGAUUGGGUACAACAGAGCGAAAUGGAUACAUUUGAGGAUUGGGCAUUCUUUUCAGAGCAGUGUGGAUCUAGCACUGCGAACAAAAUGAAGCGUGUUUUGGAAAGUACAUCAUUGUAUUCUGAAUCAGCACCAUUUGAUUGCACUGGCUCCGAGGCUGAAUAUAGUGCAGAAUGUGGUGCUAGGAGGCGAAAAACACAGAAUGCUAAGGAUACUCUGUUAGAUGAAAUAAACUCUGCAAACAGCAUGCUAUUAGAUACCUUUAUCAGCAUCGCUAGUGACAAUGGCACAGAUGGGAUCUCCUCUAGCAGUGGUGGGACACUGAUCAAGCUUUCCUACACUGCCACAUCACUCGCAUCAGACCUUGUAUCGCUCGUUGCAACACCUGGAAUGUGUAUCGUCAUGCCCGUGAAGCUCUUGGUGCCCGCGGAUUAUCCAAGAAGCUCUCCUAUGCUUGUCUGUGAUCAGGGUGAUGAGCAAAUGAGGAAGAGCUUCAGUGACAUUUCUGGCACGGUGGACGUAGCCUUCCGGCAGGCCCUCUACGGACUCCCAGAGCCCAUGUCUGUCCUGGACAUUGCAAGGGCGUGGGAUGCCUCCGUACGGAGGGCCGUCGUGGAGUUUGCACAGCGGCACGGCGGGGGGACGUUCAGCUCCAGCUACGGUGAGUGGGCUAGGUGCUGAUGCUGCCUGAGAAUUGGAGACCGCGUGUGUGCCGGUUCUUUUGUUGUAGAACAUGCUGGUCAGUUUAAGAUUUGAAUGUGGAAGCUGGUGCGAGAGAAGCAUAGCAUGUACUUUGGUGAACCCAUGCUCUAUAAUGGAUGUACAUCACCCAGUUCUUUCUACUGAUAUGGUCAUCCCCAACACCCUACGACCGCCGGUUGAGCAUAAGCCGAUGGUGAUAAACCUUCAUCGCCGGACCGUGAGUAGAUUUCCUUAGUAGUCGUUGGAAGCCGCAG